AUGGAUAGUUACCGGGGUGGAAAGCGUAGUUCCAUCUCCUUUGGGAGCUACCAGAGGCCCAUGGUGAAUUACAACCAGAGCGACCUGUCUUCGUAUGGUCCAAGACAUGUUUACUCGGUGGAACGACCUCCAGCGCAGCAAGCAGCGGUGGCUUUUUAUCCGUGUCGGUAUGAGGCGGCUUUUCCUCUGUUCGCACUUGACUGGAGCAGUGAGGACUAUGUGGCAGUGGGUUCUUACAAGGAGGACACUUUCAACAAACUACAGAUUCUACACUCUUCGGAUGUGAUGACGUGGGAAAAGAUUGGUGAGGAAAACUGCGCUUUGCCCGUUUCGCGGGUGCAGUGGUGCCCAACCGGUGGAUCGCAGCAGCUAGCGACGUGCUCAGACUCACUGCGGCUGUGGAGAUUCGCGGACUUUUCGCUCCAGGAGCAGUUGAACCUGUCGCUGCAUCGGUACAAUAAGACCAGCGGAGCGUCCGGUUCUGUUUCCAGUCUUGGACAAUUACCACCGGUGUCUUCAUUUCAUUGGAACGCGAUUGACCCCAACUUGAUAAUAUCCAGUUCCAUUGAUACUACGUGUACGGUUUGGGACCUGCAGGCCAACAAUUACGUCAAAACGCAGUUGAUUGCCCACGACAGCGAAGUAUACGAUGUUAAGUUUUUGACGCAAUCUACACAGCUGUUCGCCAGUUGUGGCGGGGACGGCAGUGUGAGGGUCUUUGAUUUGCGGUCAUUGGCCCACAGCACCAUCAUCUACGAGCCCAGCACCAACACCGGGGCUCAUGACGGCUCGGGAAGUGCCCGAAACAGCUCAGGCUCGAAGGCAGGGCCAGGAUCUGCUGCUUCCGGCUCUGCGUCCGGGUCUGCCACCAGCUCCAACGCCGGUAGCCAUGCGUUGCUAAGACUAGAACCCUCACCGUUCGAUCCCAACGUAGUGGCCACCUUUGCCCACGACUCCACAAGCGUGCUAGUGCUAGAUAUGCGGUAUCCUGGGGCCCCAGUGUUGACGCUGGAGGCCCACUCGGGGGCCGUGAACCAAAUCCAGUGGCACCCCUCGCGACGCAACGUGCUUGCUUCGUGCAGCGACGACUGUCAGGUCCUGAUAUGGGACCUCAAUACACAGCUGACGACGUCCGCGGCAGCGACAAAUGCGUCUUCUAAGUGGAACAACGGCAAAGCGGCGCUUUGUGUUGACUCGCCACAGCAGGCCUACAACGAAUCUCGCUACGAGGUGAACAAUAUAGUAUGGCAGCCACAGGGUGACUGGUUAGGAUGCAACAUGGGACGCCAAUUCCAAAGCGUCAGAGUUUAG